UGUUAAUCCUGCUCCAUAGAACAUACUAAACUAUAGGUAAUGUAUAAAAAUGGAGAGUUAUCUUGUUUUUACAGUGAAGAGACGGGUAAAAAUAUGCACGCUAUCCAUAUCAACCCAAAUGAUAAUCACUCUCCGCGUGACGUCAUGCGCGCCGGCGGACGAAAAUCGAACAGCGGAGCAUACGGCUCACAUUCCAAUAUUAACAAGAAGUUUUUUUUUCAAUUUGACAACUGUCAAUUGUGUUGUGUUCUGUGCUGUGAUGACAUAACCUUAACCGUACUUUUAACUUUUAGUAAAAUCACCUAAAUAUUCAUGUUUCAAAAAUCAUGAAAAACGUAGAUAACAAAUUAAUGUGUUCUGUAUACUAAAAAAAUUAAGCUUCAUGUAGCUCAAAUAAGAUCAAAACAUGGAUACCAAUACAGAAGACAUUGGUCUUUCUACUGCUGAUGCAUUAAAAAUACUUCAUUUAGAAAUAAACACUGUUUUACUUCAUUACGAGCGAUCUCAAAAUAAAAGCAAAGCAAAUUUAUGGAUCAAAGAUGCAUUAUGUAUUAAAAGCCAACACACAACAUUGAAUGUAAUCUCUCUACUCUUUGGCAUUUGUGCAGUGGUAUCACUUAUUUGUGCUCAUCUGCUAGAUAUAGAUAAUAUUUCAGGCUAUGAAGCUAUACAUAUUUCACUAUUACUUAUCUCAGAUGUAUCUCUUGAAAUAUAUGAUAACAAACUGAGGCAUAAUGAGAUAUUAAAUAGAGUAACAUCAAUCUUAGAAAGGUUGCUAUCUGAGCUUCCAAAUAUCAAAUGGAAUUCUGAGAAUUAUCCUGAUCUCUGUGCUCCUUUUUCACCAUGUAUCACCUCACAGUGGGCUUAUCGGGAUAAUAAGUUGGUCAAUGUGCCAUGGGCUUUGUUAGUGAAGGGAGAUGUUAUCUUGAUGAGACCAGGUCAACCCAGUCCUGGUUAUUGUGAAGCAAUAGACAAACACUCGGAACAUCCAUUGCUGCAUGCCAAAGAAAUUUACGCUCCUCAAAUACACAGUGCAAAUGAGAUAUUCAACACUCCAAAGUCUCGAAAACCAGUGGAACCAAAACCGUACAGACUUCUAGAAACCCCUUAUUUGAAUAAUCUCAGAAUAUACAUGGAACAGUCUUUGGAUAGACCAAUCACUCUACUCAAUCAGCAGAGACAUCUAGUCAUGAUCAGGCUUAUAGAAAGGGUGAUCUUACCAGUCACAUUUGUAUUGAUUAUUUCAAUGAAUCUAUUCAGGUUUUUCUAUUUUCAAAAAUAUAUUGGGAAUUAUUUGUUGUCAAACAUGUUGUUCAUUGUACCUGCAAAUAUUAUACUGCCAUUGCUGCCAUUGGUUUUUCCAUUGUUCUGGAAUAUAACCAACUACAUUGGAAUCGCAAGAUUCAAAACAAUAUUUGAUGCUACUACAAGAUGUGAAGCAAAGGAAAAUUUAUUAGAAGAGGAUGGUGAUAAUACUACGAUAGACCAAAUUGAGCUUAGAAUAAGUGAAAGAGAAAUCUGGAAGAACUUUUUAGAUAUAAUCAAAGGCAAACCAGAGAUUCUAAUAAGAUCCACUAAUAUUCUACAUGUACUUGGAUCAGUAACUGCUUUAGGAUGUGUCGAUAAGAAAGGACUUCUAUCGUGGCCAAAUCCAACAGCUGAAAAAGUAUUUUUUCUGCAUAAUCAGGAAAAUGAAUCAUCAUCUUCAAGCUCGGCAUCUGAAGAUGACGGAUCUCCUCCAUACGACUGUUAUGUCUCGCCUUCAAGAAAUACCGAAAGUCCUGGAGGUGGAGCCAUUGUCGAAGUCCUUGAUCUAACCCAUGAUCAUGCUGAUCCGUUCAAAUUACGUUUUGAUGAUCACGAUUGGUCGCGGUAUUUACCUUCGCUCAAGCCACUUGGACUUGCCAUACUUCUUAAUACUUGCAAUGUAGAAACUCAGGAAAAAUACGCUGCUUUCUGCUCACAUAUAACAUGUGAAGCCAUCUUCAACGAAAACUUGGUUCCAGUCACUAAUAGGAGAUGUUUAUGUGAAGUAGCUAAAGAAAUCGGAUUUGUGGAUCAAGCUCAGAAAAUAUUUGCAUUGGAAAGUCAACUAUGUACUUUCAGACAUUUGCAACCAGAUAUGGUUAAGCGCGACAACAAAUAUGUUCGCUCACUGCAGAUGUCGACCAAGUUGAAGUUUCCAUUUCCCCAUAUGUUUGCUGUGAUAGUUAGGGAGCUGUCAACUGGUAAUAGUCAGCUACUUUCUGAGGGCACAGCUGAUAUUAUCUUAGAUUCUUGUAUUGAUUAUUGGGACGGAUAUGAUCUAGUCCCAUUGACAUAUGGUGACCGAAAGAAAAUACAAGAUUUCUAUCAGCGAAGCAGUUUGACAGCUUAUUGUACAGCUUUUGCAUACAGGCCUCUUUCAAAAACUAUCAGUACUAGUUUGAGUGACCUCUACCUAGAACUGCCAAGCGACUCCAGACAUUUAUACCAGAGCCUCAGAAGCCCUACCCCGGCUCACUGGGAUUGUGUUCUCGAACCGAAAAUCAAGACGACUCAGUUUUAUAGUACAGACUCUCUGUUAUAUAAUGAUUAUUCCACAGGAAAUAUGACAGAUGCUGAGAGUUGUUUUCAGAUGCAGUGCAAUCAGAUUUUCAUUGGUAUGGUUACUAUGCAGUAUCAAGUAUUGACUGAUAUGUCGGUAACGCGUGAGUGAAUAGUGGUGUUUGUUGCGUGGCUCAAACGAAAUAAAAAAUGGCACAUGUUUACGAAAAUGCUGAACUUGUGGACAUGAUUCUUAUUUAAUCGAGUGCAACCAACCCCUCGUGCCUUUGUUAAUGUAGUACAAAGGGCUCGUGAAUCAGGUGACUUAAGACCUCACAGGGGAGGGCAUGCCGGUGCUCCAAGACUGCACGAACAAAUACAGGUCCGCACUGAAAUACUUGUCGG